AUGGCUGAAGCUGCGCGCAAGAUUUGGGUCACGAGGCCAAGGGCCUCUGCCACACUCGUCACCAUCGGCUCAAACGAUCUCGUUGACGAUGUACGCGACAUGAUUCUGCGAAAAUACGCAAAUUCGCUGGGUAAGACCUACGACUCGCCUGAUCUUACUCUUCGUCUCAACACCCGCACCGGCGUUUCUCGUGUCCUGGGCCCCGAAGAGCACAUGGCCACUGUCAUGGAGCAAUUUUUCCCCAAUGGACAGACCGUUGACGAGGCCUUCAUCAUCGACAUUCCCCGCAACACAACAACGCCCAGACCCUCUCCGCGAGCACCUGCCCCUCCCAUUCCUGGCUCUGGCUCUGGCUCGACUGCUUACUAUGCCGACGACGUGCGUCCAUCCGAGUCUGGCGAAGGGUAUUUCCCUCCAGUGGUCGGCACCGCGACGUCGCCCCGUCUUGCCACCAAGCACACCAACGGAUCUAUGCCGCAUUCCAUGACCGUCAUUAGCUCUGGCCACCUGCCUCCCAUUCCAUCUCCUGGCGGCUCCAGGCCUCGCUCGCAUAGGGAUCGCGAAACUCAUACUCCUUCACCCAAUGUGCAUAGCGGCGGCGGCAGCGGCGGCGUUGGUCCCAAUUCUGCCUCAUAUCACCCCACGCGACAUUCUCACUCGCGAACGCAUUCGAGCUCGUCUGAGCACAUUGUGGCGCAUCCAAACAACUCCAUGCCCAGGUCUCCGGGCCAUGAAAUCGCCGCUGCAGCGCGAAUGGGCCCAGGCACUCCUCCUUCUCCCCCUCAGCGGCUGGUGUCUCCGCACCUGCCCACCCUGCGAACCAGGAAGAGCAAGAGAGGCCAGGCGCAGCAGCAGGACUAUCAGCAAAACCCCCCUCCGCCCGCGCUGAAUGCCAAAGUACCCCCCAUCAGUGUCCUUAUUGUGGAAGACAACCCUAUCAAUUUGAAGCUGCUUGAAGCGUUUGUCAAAAGACUUAAGGUGCGAUGGCAAACGGCCAUGAAUGGUCGUGAAGCGGUCAAGAAGUGGAGGAGUGGCGGCUUCCAUUUAGUCCUCAUGGACAUCCAGCUGCCCGGUAUGAAUGGGCUCGAGGCCACGAGAGAGAUCCGCCGACUGGAGCGGAUCAACGGCAUUGGCGUCUUUUCCAACGCGCCAGCCGAAGCCACACCCCCCGAAGAGCUGACCGAAGAGGAUCGCCUGGAGGGCUUGGCCAAGUUCAAGAGUCCCGUUAUCAUCGUGGCUCUCACGGCCAGCUCUCUCCAGAGCGACAGACAUGAAGCUCUUGCAGCUGGUUGCAAUGAUUUCCUGACCAAGCCCGUCAACUUUGUUUGGCUCGAGCGCAAGGUCAUGGAAUGGGGCUGCAUGCAGGCACUCAUCGACUAUCAAGGCUGGCGAGAGUGGAAACAAUACUCCGCCAAGGCAGAAGCGAUGGAGGCUGCCAACAAGCGAGCGCAGGCGUUUAAGAAACAAUCGAAAAAGAAUCGCACUCAAUUGUCGGAAUCGUAA